UGUAUGGCGUCGCUGACAGGCGCACCCACGUUGGACUUGUCCUGACAGAUAGGCUAUCGCAUUAUGAUUUGCAAUCAUUAACGCCGGGGAUAUUGUUCAGCGCUGACCAAUGUCUAGAAUUUCACUUGACGUCCAAUACAGCCUUUAAGGUGCUAUUUUUGCAACUCUUUAUCCGAAGGGUUGUCUAUCUCUGGUACCCCUGGUGGGUAUAGGUGGGGGUAACUGAGGGUGAUACACCGGGGUUUACGCUGUUCCCUAUAUGCCAUGUGUCAAAGACUUAUAUCGUGCAUCAUUGCCCUGGUUGUCGCUUCGAGGAUGAGCCAUGUCGGAUACACGAAGCUCUGCGACGCUCUGCAGCGUCAGCGGGUGGCUCGUGACACACGAGACGCCGCCGCCGCACGCUCGUUCUUUGGUGGCAACCUGGACCACCUGGCCGCACAAGGCAUGUUCAAGUAUGCAAAGUCUGGCUUGCCGAAACUGAUGAACAAGGACGUCGACGUCGCCCGCAAGUGGAGGGAGUUGCUUACCGUUGACUGCGCACUCGCCCAGCGCUGGGAGGGUUCACCACUGGCAGAUCUGCAGUCCUCGUUGCUACCAGUGCGAUCGUUGCGUGCAUGUCAUAUCUGCGUCGUUUGAACAGAGUCUCUCUUGUUUAUCCGUCCCUUUUCUUUGUUGUUUUCUUUCGCUAUGAUGCACCUUAUCUCUAACU